AUGGGGACAAAGUCUAUCGAUAAAAUGCUUGAACAUAUCUAUGGGCCGUAUACUGAAGCUAUCCUCAGAGCCGACUUUCCCCGCCCUGGAGUAAAAUUGGUGAUGAAUGACCUUCGGUUGUUCUUCAAGGGAGAUCCUAAACCAACAGGUUUCGAUGAGACGGAAUAUAUAACGUCCCCACCAGUCGGUUCGCGCAUCUCGAAGAAUCCAGAUGUCAUAUUUAUGGGUGUGAUUGAAAUUGAUGACCUGGAAUGGCUUUCCGACGAAGGCCUUGUAUAUCUAACAAGGGAUGUUCAAGAGGUAGCUGGCAAUGAAGGCAUAGCCAACCUUACCCUCCAGAGACUGUAUAGUGCAAGAAGGGCAGAUGCAGCUCGAGUCAAAGUAAGACUGUAUUGUCGCAAGAGCCUCUUGGCCCAUUUUUUAACAUCCACUACUGAUCCUGACAAAUUACUUAUCUACUCACAAUAUGAACAAACAAAGAGGACAUACAGUGUUGAAUCGUAUUACUGGGGAACCCUUCGAAAGAGUCAAAACUUUCUGGAAAGAUAUCGUCUUCGUGCCUUAGUGGCCGAAUUGGUUGAAAUAGAUCGACAUACACCUCCGGAAGAUCGAGAUAUCGAAUGGGCAAUCCGUCAAUAUAUGGACAUUAUUCUUCCUCGAGACAAACAAAAACGAUUUUUUGUGGAACCAGGCCACCAGUAUGCUCCACGGCAUUUAAGACACAUUCCUCGUGCAUAUAUCAGAUCUCUAUUUGCAGAACAUGCAGAAUGGCUGCUCGCUCAUAUGAUAGCCCGUAAACAAGGUUCCGCAAAUUUAUUUGAUGUACAAAAAUGGAUCAGCUUCUGUAAACAGGCGCGAAAGGAUUCUCAAGAGGCUAAGAAAGCAGGGGAAAUGUGGGGAAACUAUACACAAGAUCCAGUGGAACCGUUGGCACGCAGUCUCGCGCGGUAUGGAGAAACUGAACAAUUCUGGGAAAACCAAUUAAGACUCGUCAAGAAAAAGAGAACCAAGCCAAUUAGAAGGUCUCCUGAACCGAUACAUGAUAUACAAAUACCUCAUCCUCAAAACGACAUUCGUUUCCAGUAUGAUUCGGACUUCAGCGAUGAAUCGACCUCAGAAACAUCAGAGUCGGAAGUCAGUGAGGUCGCAAAACACGGCAAAAUCCCUAGCUUUUGCUUUGAACCACCGAGCAUUCCUAUCGGCUGUUUCGUCUGGAAUUGUCCAGGGUGUACUUACAAAAUCGAUCUUUUGAAUAUGCAGCAAGGGCAGUUAGACGCCUUACCGGAGACAAUCAAAAGAAUCUUGAAGGCUCCGUCUAAAGGUGAAGAGGAUCCAGUCCACACGGUGCUCUACCAUUUGGUGUCCUACCAUUAUGAAAGUGUGCAUAUUUCAGGAUACAGAGUGCAUGCAUCGAAGUCGAAAUGGGUUGCACGCGACAGCUAUUUGGACCAAAAUCGCCAGAUGAAAGAACACAAAGUCAAAGUUGAAGAAUCAUCGCAAGUAUUACCACUGAGGAGGAGCAAACGUCCUCCCUGUCCACGACGCGUCAUGGCGGAUUGA